CCCAGCCAGGUCCCCUACAAAUUUUUUAUUUUUUAUUAUUUUUUAUUAUUAUUUUUUUUUUUAGGGGAAGGUCCCUAGUGAUGGCAAUGGGGCGGGGCGGGGCGGGUACCUCAAUUCCCAUGCCCCGCCCCACGUUACUGCGGGGCGGGGCGGGUAGACCUACUCUUACAUGUUGUUCAAAAAAAUACAAGUAAAUUUUACUUUUUACAACAAAACGUAGGAGAAAACACUUUAAGAAUGAAAAAUAUUGAUAAUAGAAUGGAUAAUUGAGGCUAACAAGUUGAAAGAUCGACUCUAACUAGUUGAAAAAAAGUCAAAAUAGGAGAAAUAUGUAUAGAUAUGUAAGAAAUUGAGAUAAAUGAGUCUAGAACGGGGCGGGCAGGGCGGGUCGGAAGUAGAUACCCAUGCCCCGCCCCACGCUACUGCAGGUCGGGUAAUACCAGCCCCAUCACGGGUCAGGUCGGGCAAUAACCGCGGGGCGGGUUGAAAUUGUCAUCGCUAAAGGUCCCCUACAAAUUAAUUCAAGUUAAUUGAAGUGAUCUUAGUUUGCUUGGCCUCAUUUACGUAUCCAAUUUUAAGGCAAUUAAUUAGCUGCGUUGCCCUUCUUAUAUUUAUUAACACUAAAUGUCAGAAUACAAAGUCUGCGAGAAACCUAGCUACCAAUAACCUUCAAAAUUUUCUCAAGGGACUCCAAUAUUUAACUGUGUAAUCAAGUCAGUAAUUCAAUAUCAACUAACGGUGAUACAGCCAAAUUUGCACUUGCAUUUCUUUUGUAUAUUUAGUUUUGUACAACACAAUGUAGGCUUUCUUGCGACAAGAGCUUGGCCCAAGGGUAGUGUCGUUAGUAUUAAAUACGGAGGUUUCGAAUUCGAAUAUCUUAAGUAGUACCUAACUAUAAACAUUAAUAUAUGUCAUCCUUAUAAAAAAAAUAUAGGCUUUCUACGAAUCAAACUCUGCCUCCGGUGAAAAUUUUAUAUGGAAUGUAAUGGUAUGACAUAUAAUCUGGUGGUCACAAUUUUUUUCUUUCGAUGGUUGGGGCCCAUAAAUCAUUUAGAUCGUUUUUACGGUGUUAUUGACUUUUCUACCAUACUCUUCAGUAGCAUCUUACUACAUUCGAAGAAGGGUGUUUUGUGCGUUUACUUACUGGUAAAAAUUAAAUCCACCUCCAAGUGGGAGCUCAAAGAGUGUCAUUAACCAGUUUUUCUAUUAGCCCAACUCCAACUAAACUUAAGCUCACUAAGCAGAGUCAGUUAGCUUGCUAACCAUAAGGGGGUUAGCAUCAUCCUAAUCCUGAGUUGAAGUAGUAUAAUCAUAGUUGUAGCCAUUGUUUUGCAAUUGUAGUCGGUUUUUUUUUGUUCUACAACUCCAAAACAAUCAUAGUUGUAUCCUACAACUCCAACGCAUACUGCGACAACUUGUGGUAAUUACCAUGAUGCUAACCCCCUAAUACGGUUAGCACAGUAACCAGUCCCUCCGUUAAGCACAUGAACUCAAACUAAAGAAAACCCUAAUCACAACUAGUUGAGCUCUAGAGUCUAGCAUCAGUUAUGGGGAGGCCACCAGAAGGGAACAAUCGAGUUGUUAACAGUACUAUGUGAGUGUGUUGAAUUGUUGUUUGUACCACAUGCAUAAUAGUGAGUGAGGGCCUAGCUAGAUAGAUAGAUAGAAAUAAAUGGGCUAGCUAUCCCAUUGAACACCACCACAAAAUUUGACCAAGGAAUUGAUGAAGAUCAAAUUGGUGACUUACCACGAAAUAGGAUGCUGUGGUCCUCUUCCUAUGUUCUCUAAUGGGUGGUGCAGAAAAAUAAAUUUCAAAGCCAAAGAAGACAUGAAAUAAGAGGAAAAAAGGUGUUUUUAAAACUUCCAUUUUCAUUUGGUUUCACAUUAUUGAUGGAGUUCAAGGGGGUUUUGGGUUAACAGCGACAGGAGAAACUGGGAAAUCGGAGUUUUUGUCAAAUCCAAGUUUUCCUCUUCCCCUCUCACCAAUUCAAUUAUAGUGCCACUUGAACUAAAAUUUCCAAGGGGUUCUUCUUGGUUUCCAAGUCUCCUAACCCAUCUAAUUAAUAAUGGAUCAACACUCAUAAUUAUGCCAUUAACUAAUUAACUAUAAUCAAAUCAACCCUCCCCACAAUAAUGGUAGGGUUUAAGUAGUCAAUUAACUUGUUAGUUUCUUUUCUUAUUCUCCCUAGUGGUAGUUAAGUAGUGUAUUAAUGUCAAAUUUUCACUUCAUAGUAAAGCAUAUAUUUCAACCAUCCAAAAAGAAAAGGGAGGAAAACUGUGAAUAGUUGAAUUUAAUUAGGUAGUAAAUGUUUUUUUUUUCUUCAUGAUAGAAGUGUCGAUAAAUUAGUUGGUAGAGCACCCGUUGCGAUUUGCUCAAUAACAUUGUUAGAGGUUUUUUUUUCCCUUGAAUUUUCAUGUGUUUACUCAUCAUCCAAAUCACGAAUCAAUACACAAUUUUAAUUCGCUUACUUGUAUAUCCUCACUGUUCAAACUCACUAUAGAUUAUGUGAAAAUGAUUUCCGCUCUCAUGAGAAUUUCUCAAAUAUUUAUAGAAGUGCAAAUAAUUUCAAACAUAUAUAUCACCAUCCCUUAUAACAUCCAAACCAUUUAUAUCUUGAUACAACCUUCAUUGAAAGAUUAUCAUGAACAAACAUGAUUGGGGUUAGUAACUAUUCCUUACUCGAGUUGAAUAAUUGCUACUAUGCUCACAUAGCAACUUGCUCGAAAUAAGGAAUCCAACUCUGUACAUAUCCAACAAGACAAGAAGGAUAGAGAGAAACAGAGGAAGAGAGAGAGAGAAAAAAAUGUUACAACUUACAAGAGAAAGGGUAGAAAGUCAAAAAGUCAACCUUCAAACCUUCCCCUUACUUACUAGAAAGCCAAAAUUCCCUCUCCCUUCUCUUAAGUGCCAAUUAACACUUAAUUAAGUACAUGUAAUUAAAAAAAAAACCCAACUUUCGCCACGCUUUGCCAUUGCCUGCCUUCCAUUUCUUUUCAAACUCUGUAUCUAUAAAUACCCUCCAACCUUCUCCAUCUUCCCCUGUACUAAUCCUACUCUCUCUUUCUCUCUCUCUCUCUCUCUAAAACAAAUAAAAUAUUCUCUCUCUCUCUCUCUCUCUCUUUUUGUUUACUAAGCAAAACCCAGAAGAGGAAACAAAGAUGGACGUCAGCUACACAUCGCCGGUGGCCGGAGGAGACAGCAACAACAGCCAGAGGAGCUCCUCGUCCUCUUCCUCCGGCGGCGGAGACCACUUCAGCGCGGAGGAGGAGAUGAUCAGCGAGCUCCGGCGUGGACCGUGGACGGUGGAGGAAGACUUCAAGCUCAUCAAUUACAUUGCAGCUCACGGCGAAGGCCGCUGGAACUCCCUCGCUCGCUGCGCCGGUCUGAAAAGAACAGGAAAAAGCUGCAGAUUAAGGUGGCUCAAUUAUCUACGGCCCGACGUCCGACGUGGCAACAUCACCCUCGAAGAACAGCUCAUGAUCCUCGAGCUCCAUUCCCGCUGGGGCAACCGGUGGUCGAAGAUCGCACAACACUUGCCUGGGAGGACGGACAACGAGAUCAAGAACUACUGGAGGACGCGGGUCCAGAAGCACGCGAAACAGCUCAAGUGCGAUGUCAACAGUAAGCAGUUCAAGGACACGAUGCGGUACCUUUGGAUGCCGAGGCUAGUGGAGCGGAUCCAAGCCAGUGGCGGCGGCGGCGGCUCUGCCUCCACGUCCGGUACCGCCGCCAAUUCUCUGCCCACCGGCCCGAUGAUUAAUGACCCCGCAGUGGCAGAGAGCAGUAGUGGUCUGGCGAGCUACGGGAUGGGUAACUUGGACGGUACGUUUUGUGGUUAUAGCUACACUACUGCUACUGCGACCGAGAAUUCGAGCACGGCGGCAUCAUCUGCUGAUUCCUUUGGGAACCAAGUCUCGCCCGUAUCGGACAUGACAACGGACCACUACAAUGCCAUGGGUGGUCAGAGCUCCAACAUGAACUCGUCUGAUUAUAAUAUCGGCAACUAUCAGGGAUAUACAGACCAGUUGAUCAGUCCGACGACAAAUUAUUACAACCCUGUCUGGGAUCAACAAUUUCAAGCUCCGCAGCAACAUCAAAACAACGACGAGUAUUACACCAACAACAGUAACCAAGUGCAAUGGAUGGAUGGUGGGAAUGCGUCAGACAGUUUGUGGAACACCGAUGAUAUUUGGUUCCUCCAACAACAAUUCAGCAACAACAACAUCAACAUGUGAAAGAAAAAUAUACAAGGAAAAGGGGGGGAGGUAUACGGUUAUUAUACGUACUACUUCAUAUAUUAUACAGAAAAGUAGUAUAAUUAUGCGAACAGGGCGAAGGUAGACAGAGAGGAAUAGAAUGAAAGAAUUAAUCCGUAGACGAUGGAUACCAAUGAUAUUAGAGUAUAUGAUUUGCAAUUGCUUAGAGAUGAGGAGAUGUCUCUAAUUGUGGAUUAUUAAUAUUUUUCUUCUUUUUUUUGUGGUUAUUUUUACAAAAUUAUCUUGGUUUGUUUGUUGGUUGGUUGUUUUUUUUUUAAUCUUCUUUCCCCUUGGAUUGGGAUAGGAAAGGAUGUGAAGGGAAUUUUAGUUUUAUAGGUUUCCUCAAUCUCAUUCUCUCUUUGACACAUGACAUAUUGUAACUCCUACUUUCUCUUUGUUUUUGCUAUGUAAUAUAUAAAGCUUCCUCUUCUUCAUAUCUUGAGCAAUGAAUUUUACUAGAUUGCCAUUGGAAUGGUGAUUGCACUAUGGAAACAUGUCAAAGAGAAAGCCCCACAACUUAAAAAUGUUUUGUUUGGACAAAAAUCUAGGAGAGUGCAUAAUUGGUUCCACCAUCAUCUUGAGCUUGAGUUGGAGGGGAAUACUAAUAUUUUAAUAAGCUAAUGAAUAGUGAGAUUGGAUUAUAGUCAUGCAACUUUUGAAACUCUUGUCCAUGGGGCAUGAACCUUCCCAAGAUUACAAAGUAAAGAGCUUCUAGAUUUUCAAAAUUAAUCUCAUAUUAUUUAUUAACUUAUCAAUUUAGACGUGGCACAAUGGUAUUAUAUUAAUUAGAUGGUGGCCACUAACCCUAACAAUCUCUACUUUUAUUCAUAAUUACCCCCACUAUUAAUCCACAAAGAUGGUGAUGGUGAAUCGUUUAUAUCCCAUCACCCGAACUUCAAGCAAACAAAGUAAAAAGAUUAUUGUGUCCCGGCCUUUAAUUGUACGGAUAAAAGUGAUUAGAGCCCAUUUAGCCGGACAUAAUUAUCUCUUUGCCGGGGGAUGCAUGGCAAUCUUUUUCUUCUUCUAAGCUUGGAGGGUUGUGUAAUUUGUAAUAUAUAUUAUUUAAAAUUGAUGAGAUUAGUGUAGUAUGCACAUUAGUAGGGGUCGGUUAGCAUGCUAACCCCUUUGGGGUUGGAAAAAUGACACCCCUUAGUAUAUUAAAUACAAUUAUAGAAUUUAAUACACACAUUAAAUACACAUUAGGAAUUAAAUGUACCAUAUUAAUUAGGAAUUCUCUCACUAUUAAAUACACAUUAUGAAUUGAAUACACACAUUAAAUACACAUUAAGAAUUCUCUCACUAUAUUUGAUUUUUCCUUUUUCAGCAGUCUCCGACCACCAGACUUCCUCCGACCCCCACACUUCUCCGGUGAAAAUCCCAUCGGCAGACUCCCUCCGACCACCUCCAAAAAAUAUACCACUGCACUGAUACGGUGUACCACUGUACUGGUAGAUAUACCACUGCACUAAUACGUUGUACCACUGUACUGGUAGAUAUACCACUGCACUGGUAGCGAUAUUAGUGCACUGGUAGCAAUGUCAUAUCUGAGUAUCAGUGCAGUGGUACAAAUACCAGUAAAGUGGUAAUUAAUGUGGUGUAUUUAAUGCUUACUUUGUAUUUAAUAACAGAACAUUUAUUAUGUUUACUUUCAUUAAUACUUGUCAAUAAUUAAUGAAAAAUUGACCAAUUAAAAGGGGGUGUCAAAAAACCAACCCUUAAGGGGUUAGCUAACCCGUCCCCACAUUAGUAUGAUAUGUAUGGCGUAAGAGGUCAUUUCGUUAAUUUGAUGUAUUAUAAAGAAUAUAACCAUUCUAACAAUCUUUAAAAUAAUAUGAGAAACCAGACAACUCUUAAUUAAGCAGUGCCCAUGUGACUGCAACGAAUUGAUUAACAAUUGUAAAGCUGUACGUAUUUAGAUACGUGUCAUACGAUACGACCACCUUACCCCUGUGUUGAAAAGGGCAGAACGGAGAAUUCACAGUUGGUAAUGGCACGUGCGACAUGGGAAUGGUUAGGACGGGCGGUGGGGGAGCCAGCACGUGAUUAAAAACAGUUGUGUAGAAAAAAAAAAGGCGGGAAGGACGAAGAAGUGUAUGGCGGCGGGGAAUCUUUGUAAGCCGCGUGUCUUUUAGAGAAGCCAUCGAACUGGUCCCCGGGGUAGCGUGGGGUUGCCAGACCGCCACGUGUUAUUCUGCCACCUAAUAAGCCGCUAAAGGACGGGGGGAAAAAAAAGAUUGUUGUUAAUUUCUCCUACCCGUUUCACAAAAAGAAGAAAGAAAAGAAGGCAAAAUUGGUGUUUAUAAUUUUGACAAAAUGGUAUAUGGUUUCAUGGAGGACACAGCCGAAACCAUUGAAAUGCAAGCUCUUUAUUCCCCAUACAAGCCAACAAGACUUUGCAUUCCGUAGUAUGUAAUUAUGCAUUGUUUAUCAACUUAUUUGCACAAGUUGAUUUUAUAGAAUGUAAUCAAAUUUCCCUUUUCCCCAUUUUUUAUCGCACCAAUUGUAAAUGAAGUACGUAUAAGUGUAUAACAUCAUCCACAUUUGUACUAACACAAAAAAAAAAACAUUAAGAAAAUGAGAGAGCCAAACACAAACGAAGAGCAACCUGAUUGUCGUCAAGGGGAAGGCACAUUGUAAGGACCUAUGAAUUUUACGUAGGGGUGUCCUCUUUUAAAAAAUAAAUUAAAUAAAAAUUAUUAAUUAUUAAAUAAGAAAAUACAUGAAUCGUACAAGUUAAAAAAUGUCCUUGAUGUGUUUUCAUAUUAGGUAAUAAUUAUAGAAUAUACUUGGUGUCUACACUACACUAAAAAUAUUUCUUUGUAUAUCUACUAGACAAUUAUUCAUGAACUGAUCGCAUAUUCGAUUUCUAGAUUUGUUCUUCAUAUAACCCAAACUUGAAAGAACUCUUUCUACACUUAUCGUACAGCCAUAAAAUCAAUACAAAUUAAGGCUAACUUGAAAUUAGUUUAAUUGUUAGGUUAUGAAAAAUAUUAGAUCUAGGGAAUGACAAUUUUACUAUUAUACAGUGUUUAAAAUCAAACAACAAAUGAGUUGUAGUCUAGUGGAAAUUAUGUUUAUUAAUAACAAUUUUGUCCUAGG